UUUACCAAGUCAGUUUCAAAGUCAAGAUUCAAUUUUUGUGUAUUUACGUCAACUCUAUUGCAAAAACUAUUGCAAAAUGUUCAUUGUAGCUAUAACGGGUGGUAUAGCAACCGGCAAGACCACUGUCAGCAAGAUAUUCGAAGCAAAAGGUGUUCCAGUAAUCGACGCAGACAAAAUAGCUAGGGAGAUUGUGGAACCAGGCCAACCAUGCUGGCAGAAGAUUCGUGACGUCUUUGGGGACGAAGUGCUGUUACCUAGCAAGGAAAUAAAUCGCACUGUUUUGGGUCGUAAGAUCUUUGAGGACAAGGAGUUAAGGGGAAAACUUAAUCAAAUUACUCAUCCUACUAUACAUCGUACUAUCUUUUGGCGAGUCUUCAAGCAGUUUAUGUCGGGCCGCACAUGGAUUGUGCUUGAUUUGCCAUUGCUCUUCGAGACUGGAAUAUUGAUGGAUUUUAUACAUAAAAUUGUGACCGUGUCCUGUGACCCUGACAAGCAAUUGGCUCGCCUGAUUGCACGCAAUGAAAUCUCUGAGUCGGAGGCACAAGCACGCGUGCAGUCACAAAUGCCCCUAGAAAAAAAAUGCGAAAAAUCCCACUUUGUUGUUGACAACAAUGGAUCUAUUGAGGAAACAGAGGCAGCGGCAAUGCGCAUUUAUAAUAUGAUGCAGGAAUCCAAGCAACACUGGUACAAUCGUUUGUACCUCCUGAUAUUGGUUGCCAUAGUGGGGGUAACAUUCUACUUUUUAAACAAGACUUUUAAUAUAUGGCCAAAGGCAUUAAGCUUCUAAACAUUCCUGUCUGCCAUUAUGAAAUGUGUUAAUGUAAUUGAAACCAAAAUCACUUUAAUGUAGUUCUAGAUAAAUGAUCUUGCAAUAGAGACAUAGGAAUGGUUAUAAACAGCAGCUGAUUGAUUCUAUUUGUAACUUAACGAAGCUUACUAAAUUGAACAACUAUGAUUGUUCUUAUUACAGAAAAUACGCACAUUUCCAAACUAUAACGUCAGAGCCAAUUUUAUCAUUCAGUUGCAUUUUUUGUAAAGAAUAUUAAGAUAUUUUAGUCUUAUUUAUUAAAAUGUGCUUGGAACCAUA